UCUCCAUCUGCAGAUGGUCCGAUGCCACCGUCAUGCUUGCAUCAUGGCAAUGACAUUUAUAAAUGGAGGUCCACGGGCCACAGACAUGGAGCAACUGGCUCAAGGUCAUCUCCAGCCUGCGGCGGGGACGGGAACAACACCGAGGUCAGCCCGGUCCCACGACUGAGCUCUGAGCCCUGCCGGGAGUCGGCGGUGUGGGACAGCCCCCGGCAGGGGUUUGCCUGAGAGGACUAGGGCGCAGGACUCCAAGGGGGAGAGGUGGGCGAAAGAAGGGCGGCGGCGCCGCCCUUUGGACCAGCCGCUGCGAAGCUCCUGGCCGGAGAGCUGAACCCCCAGCGGCUUCCCCUCGGGGGUCUCCCUCGAAAAGCCGGCGCCCCUGGGCUGGGUCUGCCGCGUCCUCCGCGGCGGGGGGAGAGGUGGGGCGAGCAUCCCCCGUUGGCGGGUGCGCGCAUCCGUCUGUAGCUGAUCGUGUCGGCGCUGGCGCGGCGUGCGUGUCUGUGUCUGUCUCCGUGCGGGUGCCUGCCUGUGUCUGCGUGUGCCCCUCUCCCCGCAUGUGACACCGUGCGUGUGUGCUCGCACACCUCCCUCUCCUGUUCUCUCUCCAGCGUGUCUCUGUGUGUCCCUGUGUGUGCGCGGGGAGCGCAGCGCGGAGCCGGGCGCGGCAGCAGCGGCAGCAGCAGCAGCGGCGCGGUGCCCCGAGCUCCGCGGCCGGAGGAGGAGCCGCGCCGGGAGCCCCGCGAAGCCACCGGGCGAGCGCGGCCGCACCGAGGCGCAACAGGCGGAUGGCGGCGGGCGGCGGGCGCUGAAGGCGAGCGGGGCGAGGCGGAGGGGCAGGGAAGGGUAGGCAAGGAAGCGUAGCGCCGGGCAGAGCGGGCGGGAUGCGGGCGGAGGAGCCGCUGGCGCUGGCGGCCCCGAGGGCGGGCGGCGAGGCGGAGGCGGAGGCGCCAGGCGAGGAGCGGACCGGCGGCAGCUGCUGCAGCAGCGAGCGCCUGGUGAUCAACAUCUCGGGGCUGCGCUUCGAGACGCAGCUGAGGACCCUGUCUAUCUUCCCCGACACGCUGCUGGGCGACCCCAGCCGACGGGUGCGCUACUUCGACCCGCUACGCAACGAGUACUUCUUCGACCGCAACCGACCCAGCUUCGACGCCAUCCUCUACUACUACCAGUCCGGGGGGCGGCUCCGCCGGCCGGUCCAUGUGCCCCUCGACAUCUUCCUGGAGGAGAUCCGCUUCUACCAGCUGGGCCAGGAGGCUAUCGAGACAUUCCGGGAGGACGAGGGCUUCAUCCCAGAGGAGGAGAAGCCCCUGCCCCAGCACCACUUCCAACGCCAGGUCUGGCUGCUCUUUGAGUACCCCGAGAGCUCCGGACCAGCCCGGGCCAUCGCCAUCGUCUCCGUGCUGGUCAUCCUCAUUUCCAUCGUCAUCUUCUGCCUGGAGACCCUGCCUGAGUUCCGCCAGGAGCCCAAGGGACCCCAGCCUGGCUUCAGGGAGGCUGCACCUCUCGGGGAUGAGGCACUGCUGCUGCUGCCGCUGCCACUGCCAAGUGGGACCACCCCAUCCCUACGCCCUGCCGCCGGCUCCGGCCCGUUCUUCACAGACCCCUUCUUCCUCAUUGAGACCCUGUGCAUCAUCUGGUUCUCCUUUGAGCUCCUCGUGCGCUUCUUCGCCUGCCCCAGCAAGCCUGAGUUCUCCCGCAACAUCAUGAACAUCAUCGACAUCGUGGCCAUCAUCCCCUACUUCAUCACCCUGGGAACCGAGCUGGCCCAGCAGCAGCAACAGAAGCAACAGCCCGGGAGCAGCAGCAACAAUGGGGGCCAGCAGCAAGCCAUGUCCCUGGCCAUCCUCAGAGUCAUCCGCCUGGUCAGGGUCUUCAGGAUUUUCAAGCUCUCCAGGCACUCCAAGGGGCUGCAGAUCUUAGGGAAGACUCUCCAGGCCAGCAUGAGGGAGCUGGGCCUCCUCAUCUUCUUCCUCUUCAUCGGGGUGAUCCUAUUCUCCAGCGCCGUCUACUUUGCAGAGACUGAUGACCCUGACUCGCUGUUCACCAGCAUCCCUGAUGCUUUCUGGUGGGCAGUGGUGUCCAUGACCACUGUGGGCUAUGGUGAUAUGUAUCCCAUGACCAUUGGUGGCAAGAUUGUGGGCUCCUUGUGUGCCAUCGCUGGUGUGCUCACCAUUGCCCUCCCCGUCCCUGUCAUCGUAUCCAACUUCAACUACUUCUACCACCGAGAGACUGACCAUGAGGAGCAGUGCCAGUACACCCAUGUCACCUGUGGCCAGCAACAGUCACCCUUCUCAGAGCCCAAGAAAGGGGACAGUAAUCAGUCCCUCAGCAAAUCUGAAUUCCUGGGAGCAGAAGACCUGGAGUCCAUGAAAUAUUCCAACUUCAUUCCUCCCAAUAACCAGGGAUAUAAAGAGAAGAAAAUGCUGACAGAAGUGUGAUGGAUUUUGUUGUCCUUGGUCCAGACACGGAGCUGCAAGCUGCUGUUAAAUUGUCUUCCUACAAGCAGCUGGAUCUAUUCAGCAUUUACAUGCCAGACUGUGAAUUGUGAUACUGUAAACAAAAUGAUACUGUAAACAGAAUGAUUGUGAUAAUGGGCUCUUCUGGCCUGAUUUGCUGUUUCUCAUUACUGUGUGCAAGAAAUGUUCUUGCUUUAUUCUGGGGAGUGCUAGCUGUCAUCCCCACUCCCUUAUGCAUUUCUUUCUCUGCUUUUGAUGACUGCUUUAAUCCAACAUUUGCUCCAAGACCAAGUCUUGUAACUCCACUAGCAGAGAAGUCCUUGCCACUACUUCAGCAGAAGCAUUCAGCAGAGUAAACAGUGAAAGGGGCUACAAACAUCUGGCUUGAGCCGUGCUCUUAGUCCCUGUGCCAGCAUGGUGCCCUUGGCUAUGGAAUCAGUCAUGCCUGCCAUGCCAUUGCCUUUGAAUAAUGGAAACACUGCAGCCAGGAUCACAGGGAGCUCUGCAGCUGUAGGGGAAAGCCAGCAAGCAGAUGCCUGCCUUCUUUGCAACACUUGGCAUGCUAAAAGAUCCUCCUAGCUUGUGUUUAAAAAAAAAAAGAAAAAAAGAUGCAAAAAUCUAAAAGCUCUUUGCUACUUGUGACCAUACAUCAUGUAUCAAAAACAGGCUUAAAGCAGUCAACAGGCUUGGUGAAGAUUCUCUGUGUUUUGAGCUUAUCUCAGCCUUAUUUAUGCCAGUGCCCUGAUGUUAAUUGGCUUUUAUGGUAUCAACCUAAUCUUCAUAGUGGUAAGUGCCUUCUGAUACAAGGCAUGUUUGAUUAAAUUCAUUUGUUAUCUGCAGAAUUCAUCUUCACACAAUAGUGUUUAAUGAGAUGUGCUUUGUGCUUCAGAUACCCAGCUCUGUAUUCGGGCAUGUGAGAGCAGUUGACUCCACUGCUUUUUUCAAUUGAGCAUUUGUGUAGCUGAGGGAAGUUUGCAUGUUGGUGUUUUGUUGAUGUGGCAGGAAAAUCCCGAUCACAGAGAGCUCUGCACCUGUGCUGUGCAAGGAUCACGCUGGUUUAGCAAGUCACAGGCAUAAAAUGUUCCAGGGUGAGUGUGUCAACAUUUGAAACUGAGACUGGCAUGGAUACAAACUUCCCUAAGCUGUCUGCACAAAGCCAGCAACAUCCUUCAGACCCUUUGAAUGAGGGGAGAAACAGUGAGCCCUGAAGAGAUGCUCUUGCUGUAUUGCUGGCCUAGCCAGUUCCUAGUAUUUCAAGGAUAGGAGCAACAGCAGUGUUUUUGUACUUGCUUUUAGGAGAGCAGUUUGUGCCAGCCAUCCAAAAUAUGCGUAGCUUGGCCUGCAGUUCCAGGUUUGCCAAGGGACCAGAGAUUUCUAUCUUCAAAUACACGUUUUACUUCCCAGAUCAUUUCAUUACUUUCAGUCAGCUCUGCCUUACACCUAAUUUUAAAAGUGUUUCAAGCUCUGCCAGCAGGUGAGAAAGGGAAAUAUAUGCUUUCAGAUUUCAUUAGCAGAUUUUCCUGCAAGGAAAUAUCCUUCUUGUUUGAAUUCUAAGUGUUUAUUCUGCAUUCACACAUCUGCAUGUGUAUGAAAGCAAAGGCAGCCAUUAAUACCUUGCUUCACACUGUAUGAAAUGCAUAUUGGAAUGUACUACACAUUGCAUGGGACACGUGUAAUACAUAAACCAGGCAUCAUGCCAAGGUGCAAAAAUAGAGAAUAGAUUUUGUAUAUGUACUGUGCUUUUCAGCCAUAAGACUAAGAAUGCUAAAGGCAUAUCAUAGAAUCAUAGAAUGACCUGGGUUGGAAGGGACCUUAGAGGUCAUCUCUUUCCAAAGAGGGACACCUUCCACUAGACCAGGUUGCUCAGAGCCCUAUCCUUUAAUAUAGUCAAAACUGGCUAUAGAACUGGUUGUAAGAUGGGAUCUGUUUGCAUCUUCAUUACUCUACCUGUUUUCAGUUGUCUUGAGAUAUGGCUCCAUGCCUAGAGUGCUUUUAUUGUGGCCUCUCUCCAUCCUGGCCCUGCUCAUAUGGUAGAAGUUGUUUGUGCAAAUGCUCCACUCCAUUUCUCCAGAGUGCUGUUGCCUUCUCAAAUGUUUUUAGUGUGCAGGGAUCUCCCUUGGGGUCAGCACACAACCAUUAUAUUAAAACCUCUGCUUUCUCUCUCUCUUGCUGAAAUCAGUAGGAAAAUGAUACUUCUCUCAGCCUGGGAGACACGAGUUUGAUGUGUGUGGAGAUUCUCAGUUCAGUUGAAGAAAGAACAGAGAUAAUUUCUUUCAGACUGAGCCUAGGAAUCUUAGAGGAAAGAAUUAACACAGUUAUUAUCUCUCUUUCUGUAACCAUCAUUUAUAGUUAUGAGUUUCCACAGGGUGCUAUUCAUAGUGCACCUAUAAUGUGAGAUGUUUCUACUUUAAAACCAAUUAAGUAUCACCUUAAGAAAUCACAUUAUAAACUUUCAUUAAAAUUAACCUUCUAAUCUGCCUGAAAACUAAAAUCUUUCUUUCCAUCCCUAAGUCAACAACAUCAGAUGUGGUGAGGGCUCAUAGCUCAGAAGGGUUUGCCUGAAUAAAGCCUAAUUUCUCAUUGCUUCAUGGGACUGAGGCAAAAGUUUGUGAAGGUCUGAGCUUUGGGGACCAUUCUGCAUCCCUUGACACCUGUAAUCAGCUGGUGGGUAAAUUGUCCUGGUGAAUGAGUGGGACUGAGGGGCAUGGUGGCAUCUCUGUUGAUUUUGUGUAAAAGUUGUCCAGUUCUUAGUGUGUCUUAGUCUUGGUGGUGUUCUUAGUUGUGUUUCGGGGUUACCUUAAUGAAAUCUUUACAGUGAGGCCAAGAGAGGGACUGUUCUUCAAAUUUUGUAUUGCUAGAAACUAGCAAAAGAAGCUGCUAUUUAAGAAGGAUGUUUUGAGGCUGCUGCCCUCUCCCAGCAGAAUGCCCAUGUUUGGGCAUAUUUUAUGCCUGAGUCUAUCAGCUGAUAAAAGUUUCCUCAAAGUAAGAUAUAAAAAAACUCAGGUUAAACACAAGUUCAGGAGGAGUCAUGAGACACGCUGAGCCUACAUCAGAAAAUUCCUGAGCUUGUUUCUCCCCCUGGGCUUGGCCCCAUUGGCCCUGCCAGGCGGGAGCCCUCCCUGCCCAGAAGAGGUUGUUUUCCUGACCAGCACGACAGACAGCUGGACAUGGAGACUCUAGCAAGAAAAAAAGAUCAGUGGUAGCACAAUCCCAGCAUGUCUUACAUAGAUCCUCUUGGAAAGAGGUGUCCUGCCCAUGGGUGGGAUUCAGCAGUGAGUUUCCAGGUGGAAUCCAGCAAUGAGUUUCUAGUGGGUAUUGGAUUCUCCCACCGGCAGAUUGCACCCAAGAUGUGAAGAAAUUUUGUGGUGAGCAAGGCAGCUCUGUACAGUUUUUGUGAGCCACAUUUGUCAGUUCUGAAAAGGCAUGUAAAGAUGUGUAAAGCAGGAGUGAUGAUUGCUCCCUGGGUUUUCUGUGUUGGCUCUAAGAGAAAUACAGACCACCAACAGAAACAUGGAAACUGUAACCUUGGGACUCAUUUGGGGCAUGUAAAUCCUUCUCAAAGCACCUCCUGAAAAGCAGUGAAGUCCCAGAGUAAUCAGUAAUGCUAUGUGUUACAGAACUUGUGGAAUCUGACCUUUUUUAAGGAGCCUUCAGAUUUUUUUUUCACGUGACUGAAAUGACACAGCGGCACCCAUUGACAUUAGCAGAGGUCUUGUGCCACUGAAUCACAGAAAUGCUUUCAAAAACCUUACCUCAAGUUCUCAGCCCUUAGCACUCCCCCCGGCUGCUCAAAAUGCAAAUCCGUUUCCUUCUGAAGAUAGAGCACAUCCCUGUGAAGCCAAGUAGGCGCCUCCAAGGACUUGUUUCCAUAACAACCUCCCUAACUGUUUCUCUCCGGGCUGUGAUUGUGGCUACAAGCAAGAGCACUCGUUGGAUAUUUUGUGUUCAGAUAUCAGCACCGUAUCUUUUCAGAUGUUUUCUUUGCCUACUGGAGCUGAUCCCAUCACCUUAUAUUGUGUACAGCUGCCCUGUCCAGCUUCAGGUGGGCAGUUUCCAGCCUUUGAAAGCAGAGAGUGCAAACUGGGAGAUGGGAAGAGAUUUUAUUUGUCCAUCCUUGCACACAGAGAGCUGGAGAGUGUGUGAAGGACAAUCUGAACACAGCCAAGGAGCUGAGGGGCAAUUGGUCUGAUGUAGAGUCAUCUGGGUGCCUGGUGACAAGGAAUACAGGCUAAAGCAUUGCAUUAAAGAUCCAGAAAUGCCUCUUGCAGCAAUCUCACUGGGAAACAAUUUUGCAGUGGAAGAGACUAUUGCUCCUUCCAGAUCCCCUGGCUGGUUGUGACAGUUGGUUCCCCUGAUCAUUUUCCCAUAGGAUGUUUUUCACCAAAAGCAGGACAGGGCAGAAAUCAUCUCCUUGGAGGUGGGGAAGGAGGGAAGGAAAGGAAGAAUUUUACUGAGGACACCAUUUUUUUAUCCACACAAAGGUCUGGAAGUUUGAAAGGCAUGAAGACCUGUUCUGUGGUGCUUUAUUGUUGGACUCCUGCUCUUACUUCCAAGAUGAAAUUCCGUUCAGCUCCUUCUUGGAAAACAUUGGAAUUCGUGAUUUUUGAGUAAUUUUCUGUUUGGGCCUUUUGAUCCAGCUUUUGUGGAUAAAAAUUCACUGCUACAGCAGCUGUGGGGGUGAAGGUAACUGAACUUGGUCUUCUCUCCUGGGUUCUUUCAUUGAGAGGUCCCUAUGGGAUAAAGAAGAGUGAGUGUAAAGAAAAUUCAGGGCAGCAAGAGACAGGGUAAGGACUGAAGUGUCUUCCACAUGGUGAUGGAAAGAGCAGCAUCAACCCUAAAAGCAAAGGAACGAAUAGCUCCAGCAUCUGCUGCUAUUGCAGAAAUAGUCCAGUUUACAUCAGGGGAAGACCUGCAGAUUACAACAGGAGUCAACCACAGCUUUCCCAAAAGCUCCCACCUGACUCGAGUCCAAAAAGCAGAUGCUGCCCUCUUUUACCGUGGUGCAAUUCUGGAAUGACUGCCCUGACGUCAGUGAAGUGACUCCAAAUUUAUCCCAGGCAAAAACAGAAUUGGACCACAGUCUCUUUGUCUGCCUCUUUGCUCUGGAGCUCUGGGGAAGGUGUGUCACUGCCACAACAUAAGGUGACAUUAGGUGGGGGCUAGUGCCUGUCUGCUGUGCUGUGCUUGGCAUUUUUGUGUCCUUGACACCCCCACUCACGUGUCUGGCUGGAGCAGGAGCCAGGCUGGGCUGGGGCAUGCAUGGCGACCAAAUUCCUGGUGCUGAAUGUAGCACUUUCUGACUCUGGAUUCCUGACCACUCUCUGUCUUAGCUUCCUCUUGCCUGGAUAUGUUUCCCAAGGAGACAGAGCUUCUUAAGAUGAAGAAAUGUAGUUGCAAUUCUUAAGUAAUAGAACAACAGAAGGGUGGCAGAGGGAGAUGUGGAGACAAGUUCUGUGCCCUGUACAUUUUUUUGCUGAUAGAGCUGUGUGAAAAUCAUUGCAGUCCUGGUAGGUUGGCUUUACAUCUGCUGGUUUCAAAGUCUCCAUUUACAGGGAGUACUAGGUUGGAAAAAAUGGGACUUACCUGCUCUAAGUCUUCUGAUGUCAGUCCUGCCUUCCCUGAAACUGGACAAAAAGCUUUGUGUAAAAUCACCAGUUUGCUGUAAGGGAAAAUACCACUGGAGAUGGGACAGAUGAGGGUGAGUAGAAGGAAUAGUUGUGGAAUCAUGGAAUGGUGAGGGUUAGAAGGGAUCUUAAAGACCAUCUCAUUCCAACCCCCUGCCAUGGGCAGGGACACCUUGAUUGCUCAGAGCCCCAUCCAGUCUGGUCUUGAAUAUCUCCAGGGACGGGCAGUUACCGCUGCUCUGGGAAAUCUGUUCCAAGGCCUUGCCACCCUCAUAGGGAAGAAUUUCUUCCCAAUAUCCAAUCUAAAUCUCCUCUGUCAGUGUGACGCCAUUCCCCCUUAUCCUGUCACCCCAGGCCCCUGUCAAGAGUCUCUCUGUGGGCGCCCUUCAGACACUGGAAGGCCACAAUGAGAUCACCCCAAAGCCUUCUCUUCUCCAGGCUGAACAAUUCCCAAUUCUCUCAGCCUUUCCUCCCAGCAGAGCUGCUCCAUCCCUCUGAUCCCCUUGGUGUCCCUGCUCUGGCACUGACUCCAGCAGCUCCCUGUCCUUCACUCAGCCAGAGCGCCAGUGUCACUAACUGAGCCACCAGAGUGGCUCAAUUAAAAAACAAAAAUCGAUGUGCAAGUCUUGGAAAAUCUCAGGACAAGCAUGUUCAGUAACACCUGGAAAAUGUUAAUUCUGCAAGGCCUCAUCUGGAAUGCUGUGUGCAUUGUUGGUGACCUAAAUUUGGUCAGGCAGGAUGCACAGAAGAACAGCAAGAAUAAUCAGGUAGAUGGAAUGUGCUUUGCUAGUGGAAGCUGGAAAAACCUGACUUUUCUAUGCCAGCAAAAGACUGACAAGACCUGUAGUUAGGAAAGUAGUAGGGGCAAAAUAACCAAAAAAGAGGAAAAAUAUGAUAAAUUGUAAGAUCUUCCCACAUUUCUUGUCUCCAUAUCAUUUGCCAUACUGCAUGUUUACCUACAAAACACCAAAUCCUGGUGAUUUUACUACUAAAUACUUGGUGUUUGUGGGUAGGAGGGAGAGCUAGGAGAGGAACUGUGAGUCUUGGGAGGUUUUUUCCUCUGUGGGACUGAGGAGAGAGAAGGAAGUCCUAGGAGUGUGGUAGAAUGGCACAGAGGAUACCAUAUGCCUCCAGGAGCUGGUCUGGAGGCAGAGAGCAAAUUCACACCCUUUAAAAAACCCCACCAAACUCUGUUCACUGCUCUUCCCCUCAACCUGGAAUGGCUGGUCACCUUGUCCAGUCCUUUCUCUCUAUCCAGAGCUCUCUAGUUCUUUGCUGACCUUCCUUCUUCCUGGAAUCUUUCCUCACUUCCUGGUCAUUCCUCACUCCCUUGAGCUCCCUGGAAUCAUUGGAAUGGUACAUUGCAUCUAAUGUUGAGGAAAGCCUUGAACCAGCUCUGCUGGUCUGAUUUGAGCAACCUGCCCUGGUGGAAGGUGUUCCUGCCCCUCUGGCAGGAGUAUUGGAAUGAGGUGAUCUUUAAGGUCCUUUCCAACCCAAAUCAGUCUGUGAUUCUGUGGCUUGCCACAGAAACAAGCAGUGAUGCAUGGUCUUCAACAACUGCUGCUCACAGAAUCAAUGAGGUAGGAAAAUACCUCCAAGAUCAUCAAGUCUAGCCUUCAGUGGAAUAUCACAAUGCCCAGAAAACCAUAUAAUGAAGUGCUUUGUCUACUCAUUCUUUGAAUAGUUCCAGGGCUGGUGACUCCAGCACUUCCUUGGGCAGUCUGUUCUAAUUAUUAACUGCUCUUUCAGCAAAAAAAUUUUUCCUAAUCCAGUCCUGUCCCUUGUUCCCCUGGAGAAGAGGCUGACCCCCACCUGGCCACACCCUCCUGUCAGGCAGUUGUGGAGAGCAGCAUUGUUGGGUAGGAGGUCAGAGUAGUUGAUCCCAAUGGCCACUCUGGCCUGAAGAGAUGAGUAGAAUAAUUUCCUAUUACACACACUGUUCUGACACAGAACAAAAUUUCACGUUACCACUCUUACCUCUCUCACCUCUCUCAAAUCACAGAAUUCACAGAACCAGUAGGUUGGAAGAGACCUUAAAGAGCAUCAAGUCCAACCCAUGCCAUCUCAAGUAAACCAUGGCACAGAGUGCCAUAGCCAGUCUUUUUUUAAACUCAUCCAGGGAUUGUGACUCCACCACCUUCCUGGGGAGACAAUUCCAGAACUUUAUGACUCUUUCGGUGAAAAACUUUUUCCUAAUAUCCAACCUAUAUUUCCCUUGGCGCAGCCUAAGACUGUCCUCUGGUUCUGUCAGUUGCUGCCUGGUGAAAGAGACCAACCCCCACCUGACUACAACCACAUUUCAGGGAGUUGUAGAGACUGAUAAGGUCACCCCUGAGUCUCCUUUUCUCCAGGCUAAACAACCCCAGCUCCCUCAGUCGUUCCUCAUAGGGCUUGUGUUCUAAGCCCCUAACCAACCUAGUUGCUCUCCUCUGGGCGUAUGCAAGUGUCUCAACGUCCCUCCUAAACUGAGGGGCCCAGAAUUGUUUCCCCUUGUGGAGGUAAAGAUCCUCUUAACCUCAGGAGGCAGACAAAAUAUUGACUGAGGUGGGAGCUUCAUCCAUUCAGCCAGCUCUGUGUCACAGAAGUGCCAGGAAGGAGCUGUCCUAAGACUUUGUCCUUGAGCUUUCCUGCUUGUUGAUGCUCUUUGUUCACUUCAGUGAGGAAACCAUUGUCUUGUGAUUUCCAUCUCUGUUUUGGCCAAGCAGUUCUGCUCUUUAGCUUUUCUCCUGUAAGUAGCAAGAUGGUGAAGGGCCUGGAGGGGAAGCCACGCAAGGAGCAGCUGAGGGCACUUGGUCUUUUCAGCUGGAGAAGAGCAGACUGAGGUGAGAGCUCACAGCAGUUCUACAGCUUCCUCACAAGGGGAAGAGGAGGGACAGGCCCCGAUCUCUGCUCUGUGUGACCAGGGACAGGACCUGAGGAAACGGCUGGUGCUGUAUCAGGGAAGGGUUAGGUUGUUUAGGAAAUUUUCUUCCCCCAGAGGGUGAUGGGGCACUGAACAGGCUCCCCAGGGAAUGGUCACGGCUCCAAAGCUGCCGGAGCUCCAGGCACAGGGUGGGAUUGUUGGGGUGUCCUGGGCAGGACCAGGAGUUGGACUUGAUGAUCCUUGUAGGUCCCUUCCAACUCAGGCUGUUCUGUGAUUCUAUGAUUCAAUGAGAAAAAAAAGGCAAUAAAAAUGUUAUGAAUAUCCAUGCACAUCACAAAAGCCUGUGAAUGUGGACACCACUUGUGCUUUAUCUGUGGCAUUGGCAGGAUGAUGCACACAAAUCUGGUGGCCCUUAAGAUGUCUUAAGAACCUGUCCCAAGCAGUUGGCAUCAUUUGUUCAUGAUUUGAACCAUGAACACAGUUGUGCGUUUAGUUCUGAUCUCAGUUUACUCACAGAAUUAUGGAAUAGCCCAAGCUGGAAGGAGCCCUUAAAAGUGUAUAGUUCUCAGGUUCUGAAUUAUUCUCAUAUUUUAGCAUGUCAGAAAUAGCACUGUCUGGCACAUUCCUUUGAGAACUGUAGACUUUUGCCUUUCAUGCUUAUGACAAAGCAAUUGAUCUUUGUAGCCUGUCCUUGGAAGUGACUUUCAGAAAUGUUUUGGAGAGUAUUCACCACUGCAUUAGUCUGGUAUUUGAUGAUCUUUUAGUUUUCAGCAGUGGACUGCAAACACUUCUCUUGGAUGUAUUUUCAAAAGGCGCCUCUUCCUCAAAAUCAGCAAUAUUUGUGUGACAAGUUUCAUUUCAGCUUAUUUUGGUACCCUUUACAAAAGGCAUGUUUGGAAAAUUUUGUAACGUGCAUGAUCUCUUUCUUAAUAUUGUAAAUAUUUUUUGCCUUUUUUUUUUAAAGAAAAUGCAUGUAAAUAAGAUAAAAUACAAAAUUUGGCCCUGUUUUGGUUUUUGU